GAUGCACCAAAUGUCGCGAUUUAUUUCACUUGCUCAAAACGUCUGAGCCCGUCUCACCCUCCACGCAGCAUUUCCCUGCUUAAACCCUCCAGCAGCCUCCAAACAAAAACCCUAAUUCACUAACCCCAUUUCAAAUCCCAAUCACGUUUCCGAUCAAUCAUCACCUUCUCCAUAAUCUCUCCGUUCGCGUCGCAAAUCGAGCGAGAUAGUGUCGAGUCGAACCAACGAUCGAGAAGGUAAAAGCGUUCCAAAAAUACCAUCGAGGAUAACGAUAUAGAAGAUGGAGUUUUGCCCCAGUUGUGGUAACAUGCUACAGUAUGAAUUGCCUUAUAUGGGUCGCCCUUCAAGAUUUUUUUGUUCUGCUUGCCCAUAUGUUUGCCACAUUGAGAAUAGGGUUGAGAUCAAAAGAAAGCAAAGGUUGGUGAGAAAAGAGAUAGAGCCUAUAUUCUCCGAGGAUGACAUGACAAAUGCACCAUCAACUGAAGCGACGUGCCCAUUUUGCGGUCAUGGUAAAGCUGCUUUCAAAGAAUUUCAGACUCGAUCGGCUGAUGAGCCAGCAACUCUAUUUUAUAAGUGCUUGAACAAUGACUGUAAAAAACAAUGGCGUGAAGGUUGACUUCAAACAUGGCCUUAUAUUUCUUCAUUUUGCUGAGGAUAGAAAAGCUUUUGUUGUAAUUGGGCCAAUAUGACAGCUAAGAGUGUUUGGAUAGUUUUUACAUUUUCGCUGACAAUAAUCUAAGUGAUACAUUUUUUUUUUCUUUCUUUAUUACUAUCGAAGUUUGUUUUAGGGAUUAGAAAAUUGAGAUGGUAAGCAUUCCUCGUGUUUCAUACGAAAGAUUCCAAAUUGCCCAUUAGACAAAAGUUAAUAUGGUUGUUAUUUCCUGUUGUAAUUGUAAUAUGCUCAAUUUACUCGGGUAUUUCAUAUUGUUUUAA